AUGUCGUCUCAAACCGUGGAGCAACUUAGCGGAUUCGAGAAGCAGUACUCCCUCCAGACCGCUGAGAUCACCUCGAAAAUCGGUAGAGUUCACACACUUCCCUCUUCAGAACGUGCCGGCGCCGUUCAGGAUAUUCGGAGGAAUUUGGAGGAGGUCAAUGACUUGUUGGAUCAGAUGGAGUUGGUUGUAAGAGAGCUCGAGUCGAAUACAACAGAACGAACAAAAUACGAAUUGCGAGUUCGCAGCUAUCAAAGUGACAAAAAACAGUUGGAUACAGAGUUGGAAAAGGCGAUUCGAAGAGUGAGAGAAGAGGCGGAUCGGGAUGAAUUGUUGGCGUUUGAUGAUCAGUUGGAUGAGCAUCGACAGGAGGAUCAGUUAAUUGCGAAUACACAGAGAUUGGAGAGAUCGACGAGGAAGGUUCAGGAUGCGCAUCGAAUUGCUGUGGAGACGGAACAGAUCGGUACCGAAAUGCUCUCUAACCUCGCCAGUCAACGUGAAACAAUCGGUCGUUCACGUGAUCGUCUCCGUCAAUCGAAUGCAGAUUUGGGCAGAGCCAACAAGACAUUGGGAUCAAUGAUCCGUCGUGCUAUCCAGAAUCGUCUUCUCCUUCUAAUCGUCACUUUUCUUCUCUCAUUCAUGUUUUUGUAUAUCGUUUAUAAGGCGAUCUAA